GAUUAUUGGUUGAGGAGGAUUUGCAAGCAGCUCUAGCCUACCACAAUGAUCCUUUCAGUUCGCUGCAGUCAGUUGUCAGUCAGGGGGCGCCGAGGACACUGUUAGCCUACUUAAACAUUAUCGUUGGUUCAACCGGCAAUGGUGGAUGGGUGAAAAGACGAGACCUUCAACCUCGUUUCGAUUUUAGGCUUCAACACUGAUACGUAAACAUAAUAAUUAUGGAUGAAUUAAAACACCAGGUCAUGAUUAAUCAGUUUGUUCUAACUGCUGGCUGUGCGGCAGACCAAGCAAAGCAGCUUUUACAAGCGGCACACUGGCAGUUCGAGACUGCUCUCAGCACAUUCUUUCAAGAAACUAAUAUACCAUACAGCCACCAUCAAAUGAUGUGCACUCCAGCAAACACGCCAGCGACGCCACCCAACUUCCCCGACGCACUCGCCAUGUUCUCGCGCCUCAAGGCCUCGGAGAGCUACAACAGCGCGGGCAGCCCCCGUGGGUCCAUGGCGACUUCCCCACCUCCUCAGGUGAACUGGGCCAUGAGCCCCCCAGCCCCGAGCCCCCAGGGCCUGUGGACUGCAGCACCACGGGCCCCCCAGACGGCCACCCCCCCGUCAGGCUGGCCCGCAGCCGUGGCCCAGCAGGCCUCUCCGGAGCAGAUGGCCACCAUGGUCAUGGAGGCGGAGAGAUGAGGGCCUACCGCAGGGAGGUUACACACUACUGGGAGGACCGUCCUCUCUCGGGUGGGACGUGGGGAGAGGGCCAGGGUUGGGAUGGAGAUCUAUCUUUUGCAAUGUGGAUAAGCACUGAAGAAGAAAUCAAACCAGUAUACAAUGACAGGGCGAAACGGGUGUGGGUGGGUGGGCGGGUGGUUGGGGGGGGGGGGGGGGGGGGGGGCACGGUUGAUGGGACAAACACAGGGUGCCUCAAUGCCUAGAAGAACAUUUUGUUUUUGUUUCUGUUUAAUUUGAAUGUUUAAAAUUGUCCCCAUAGUAUUAAAAUGGAGAACAAGGCCGAUAGAUGUGAAGGACUUGAGGGCGCAAGUGGGGUUCUUGUGGAGGACUCUACUGGUAUGUGAGAUGUCCACUCUUGCAUUGUUCUCUCUUUAGCUCUCUCCCACAACUGAGUACACUGCAUUAGAUGACAGGGUGUGUCCUCAGUUUUUUAAGUUCGAACAUUUUUUCAAAGUGAAAUCAUGCGCUGUGUGUGUGUGUGUGUGUGUGUGGUAUCUGAGUCAUUCGUAUCAUCCACACGAACAUAUCUUCAAUUGCAAUUAUACAAUAGGCCUAAUUUUCAUUUGAUUUGGUGGACAGCUAAGCAAGCCUAGUCACCAAAAUAUGUCCUAUACUAUUGGUAAGAAUUGGUAUGAAUUAUUUCCGAAACUCAUCAGAAACCCUAGAGUUACUAUAAGGACCUCAGUAAAGUUGGCACUCUUUUUGUUUGAGUUAAGAAGGCUUGUAUUAAUGAUCUUUUUAUUGCAACAAGAAAGCAAAAGGUUAAGAUGAAUAUUAUUUGAAGCACUGAAGGUUCUGGUGUACUUUUUCAUUACACAUUUUUUCAUUUUUCACAUUUUUUAAGAUUAGCAGAUGACAACUUUGUAUGACCAUUGAAACCACUUUCCACAAUAUUUGUGGAUGGCCUUCAUUAAUUUAUCAGUGUUCUGUUUGUGACAAUAAACAAGGUAUACAUUA